AUUCCCGUGUUUUUCUUAUUUUUGAAGUUGCCUUCCCAAGCACUGUCCCCACUUUCCAGACACCUUUCCUCCUCUUGGUCACCUAUUGAUCAAAAGAGUCUCCAGGCUGCCACUAGUGACUGGUUUUCAAGGACUGUUGGUUUUUCACCUUCAAAUGUGUGCAUCUUGCCUCCUCCACCAUUUCCAGACAGUUUUCUUUGUGACUUAGAAGAACUCAAUUCUUUGGCAUUAACAACAUCCCAGUCUGUACCAAUCUCCCCAGGUAAUACCAUUCACCGAGUUAAAGAUGAUCACUUUAUUCCAAAUACAGAGGUCUCUCUCAGCUCUCCUACAGCUCUUCCUCUGCCCUUUCUUGUAUCUACCUCUGUCUCACCUCCAGCCAGCUCUUCUCAUGACAUAGCAUAUAAGCAUACCAGCAACAAUACCAACCCAGGAAAAGAUAGAGACUUGAGAGGUACGCUUGACUCUUCAGUUAUUGAAGUGCCUAGAGACUUGUCAGAUACUACAAGAGAAGGUGAACACGUUGGUGCUACCUCUAACAUCCCUUCGCCACAUGAAGGUGGCUCCACCUCCAGCGUGCUAGCUGCAACUGCUGAAAACAAAGAGGAAAUCUGUACUACAGAUCUGUCAGUUAAUAUAGGGGAUCAGUCAAAGCCUCAAGAAUCAGACUUCUACAGAGGAGCACAAGGCACAGCAGAAGAACUGACAAGACUCUAUAUAGAGGAGGAUCUGGGACAUGACAAUUUAGAAUUCCCAAUAGCAAGUGGAGGAGACUCCAGGGUGUGUUAUGAAGGAUACACUUCACCGAAUAUUGAUAAGGUACUCUAAUUUCUGAAAAAAACUGGCUUCUGUGUUCAGAUAGCUUAGUAUAAUUAUUCUCUGCCUUUUCUUUAUUUACAUGUUUGUAUUGUGCACAAGCAGAGUUUUAUCCUAUUGCAUUGGAUAAAAAUGGCAAGUUUUAGGGGAUAGUCCCGUCUCAGAAGCAGACAUAUACACCAUUGUAAAUUCUAUGGUGUAUCAGUUCUGCUGGUCCUUUCCCUUCGGUCCUCGUUAGCUGCCAUCGAGCUUCUGAAGUGAAAAGCCAGUGAAUCAUUUUCCUCUCCGGCCCAUUACAUGCCACCCCUUUUGAGCCAGAGGCCCCAGCCGGCAAAUGCUGUCAGCAGUCUUCAGAGGGAGGGAUGUGCCUCCUGCAGAGACAGAGCGGUUUGUACUUCACAUGUGUCACUUCUCCAGCUGGUUUAUUUAUAGUAGACUCUGUUACGAGAAUGUGACUAAUAACAACAGAUCAAAUUAUGUUUGGCAGUUUAACAAAUGCUUCCCCCUAAGCCCUCCCCAGUUCCUCUUUGGGACAGUACAACACUGAACUAUCCCAAAUGUCUGCUAGCCAUUAAAUGCCACAAUAUUGCUACACAGUUUGUGUGGUUUCUAGGCAAAGUUUUAAAACAGAUCUUUUCUGUCUAGCACUUAUUUCAACAGACUAUUCGGGCAGUUGCUUUGGCUAGCACAUGCAAACAUGUAAAUCAGAUACUUAGGGCAAUACGUUUUAGGCCAAACGUUAACCUAGUUAAUUAGAAAGAUUUUUGCAGGAUGCCUCUGCCCUUACUUGACCUGAAAAACACAGGAGAAAACUGUAAGAAUAGAGGUGAAAUCAACUGCCAUAAAUAGCAACUUCUUUUGAUUUCUGAGGGAAGAACUUUCUUCCAGAAUAGUAGACUGACUAGUAAUAAAAUUAGCAUCACAUUUCUGACUGUUCAGGUUAGUUACGUGACUCCUUAUUGAGCAUUUUAUGUCCUUCACAGCUGGUUUUAUAGCACAGUUGCUUCUCAUUUUUCUUAAAUACUUAAGCCAGCUCUACUUUCUAUG